GUCUAAAGGCAAAAUUAGAAAAAGUUCAGCAAGCUCAAUAUAUAGAACCAGAAUCACCUGCCACUUUUUUUGGAACCAUAAAUAGUAUUUAUGAUUCACCAAUUACUUAUGAACACUCUGAUAGCCUUCAAACUUUUCCUUUCUCACCCAUUAAAGAGGAAGACGAGAUUAAUGAGAAUCCAAAUCUUGAAAGUAUCAAACCUAAUCUUUCUGACCCUGUAAGGCCCCCACUUACUCCACUGAAGAUCAAAAUAAAUUCUUUUAGACGGACUCAUUCAAUGCACACAAGAAUACCUUCUCGAAUGAGAAACAAAUCAUGUCAAAGACUUCCAAUAAUAUCGAUUGAUGCGAUUAAAAGUCAAUUAGAACCUGAUGAAAUAGCAUUUUUCGAGGCUUUAGAUAUAGAAUUAAAAAAAAUUAGUGAAUUUUAUGAAGAAAAGGUAUUAAAUGCAAAAGAACAUUUCAAAAAAAUAAAUCAAGCAUAUGAAGACUUAAAAGCUUUGAAAAAUGUCAAGCAAUCAAACUCGCCUCGUAGCGAUUGGACUUCCAAGCUAUUUAAAGAACGUGACAAUAAUGAUAACUCUGUUCCAUCCACAAAUGAAUUGUCAGUUGCAUUUGAUUAUAAAGACGCGAGGAAAAGAAUGAAAAAGGCUAUUUGUGAAUUUUACCGAGGCGCAGAAAUGCUGAAGAAUUAUCGAAAUAUUAAUUAUGCGGGAUUUAAAAAAAUCCUUGAAAAAUUUGAUAUGAUUACGAAGCUAAAUGGAAGUGAAAUUUAUAUGCAAAAAAUUGACAAAAGUAGUUUUAUAAAAAGUAAACCAUUAGAUGUAUUAAUGAGAGACACUGAGUAUAUCUAUACUAAACUUUUUGGCGGUAACUCUCGAUCAUACGCAAUAAAAAAACUUAGAACCCCUAAUAGAAAGCACAAGACUUAUUACCUUCCUACAAUACGAUCAGGAAUAUACAUUGGUUUAGCAACUCUUUCCUUAUACAAUACCUUAAAAUAUGUAAUUGGAUCUGAAGCAGGAGUUCAACAAUUAAGUUUCUAUGCCGGAAUGAUUCUCCCAGCAAUUCUUUUGUUGCUUAUAGGUGUUGCUAUUUCUAAUUUUUUGUUAAGAGAUGAAUUAGGUUAUAAGCAUAAAUGGAUUUACUAUAUUGGAAUGUGUAACAUUACAUUUUUGAGGAUUACUUGGAUUUUAUUCUUUAUUUCUGAUAAUUUUUCGAUCCGAUUCAUUGUUGCCUUUGGAGAAAUGCUUAGGUAA